GGGGUGGGUCCACUCCACAAUAGAUAAAUCGUGUAUUGCAAAAUUGCAACUUGCAAGAAAGAAGAAAGAAAGGAAAGAGGUGUGAAGUGUGUGAGUCUGAGAGAAGAGAACUUAGAGAAAUGGAACUACGUGAGCUUGGAAGAACCGGACUGAAACUCAGCACUGUAGGAUUCGGAGCUUCUCCACUGGGCAAUGUCUUCGGCGAUGUUUCCGAGGAACAAGCCAACGCUUCCGUUCGCCUCGCUUUCCAAUCCGGCAUCAAUUUCUUCGACACUUCUCCGUACUACGGAGGGACACUGUCGGAAAAAGUUCUGGGAAAGGCACUGAAGGCUCUGGGAGCUCCGAGGAACUCGUACGUUGUGGCAACGAAGUGCGGACGGUACAAGGAGGGUUUCGAUUUCAGCGCGGAGAGAGUGACGAGAAGCAUUGAAGAGAGCUUGGAAAGGUUGCAGCUUGACUACGUCGACAUUCUCCAAUGCCACGACAUCGAGUUCGGCUCCUUAGACCAGGUUGUGAAUGAGACGAUUCCAGCGCUUGUGAAGCUGAAGGAAGCAGGGAAGGCGCGGUUCAUUGGAAUAACAGGGCUUCCUUUGGGGAUUUUCAGUUACGUGCUUGAUAGGGUUCCGCCUGGGACGCUGGAUGUUGUGCUUUCAUAUUGCCAUUACUGUGUGAAUGACACUAGCUUGGGGGAUUUGGUGCCCUAUUUGAAGACCAAAGGGGUUGGCAUUAUCAAUGCUUCUCCCUUGUCUAUGGGCCUUCUCACCGAGUCUGGCCCGCCUGAAUGGCAUCCCGCAUCACUGGAACUCAAGUCUGCAUGUCAAGCUGCUGCUACCCAUUGUAAAGAAAAAGGAAAAAACAUUUCAAAGUUAGCAUUGCAGUACAGCUUGUUAAAUAAGGAAAUCACAUCAGUGCUUGUAGGCAUGAAGUCUGUUGAACAGGUGGAGGAAAAUGUUGCUGCCGCAAGAGAACUUGCAACUUCUGGAAUUGAUGAAGAGACUCUGUCUGAAGUCGAAGCUAUUCUGAAGCCUGUUAAAAACCAGUCGUGGCCAAGUGGAAUCCAGCAGAGCUGAUGUUUAUUUUACCACCUGGUAUUACCUAUGGAGACAUCCAUUCCUGUUGUUGACAAUGUUCUUCACUCAAAUAAUCCGAUUCAAUAAGAGAAAUUGCUUUGAAAGUAUUAGGAUCCACUGUCUCAAUAAUUUUUGUUUGUGGUCUAGAGUGUCCAAUAAUACAUUUCUCACUAGAAAUGCUAUUCAUCUUCGGCUUCUGGAGAGUAAGAGCCUGUCUUCUAGGUGAACCCGUAAAUAGUUGGUUGAACUGGUUUGUAAAAGCACAAUGUAAAAAAAAAAUGGCAAUAAUUUGUUCUCCUUUACAUGUUA